AUGUUAAUUGAACCAAAAUUAACAAACACAUCUACAACUUUCGGUAAACCACCGAAAAAACAAAAUUUAUUGUUACAAAGCUUAGGUGCUCCGCAUAUAGAUUCUUUUAAUUAUAUGUUAGAUGAUGGUAUUUCCGAGGCUGUUCGAGAUAACCCAUUUGUUUAUAUUCACCUUCCAAAUGAAGACAAAGUAGCUUUAUGGAUCGAUGAUGUAUCUAUUCAUCAACCUAGUGUUCCAUCUGGUACAAUUGGUGUAAAGAAUCAUAAGAUUUAUCCCACAGAAUGUAGACAGCGUGGAAGUACUUAUAAAGGAAAAAUAACAGUCAAACUUGGUUGGUCUAUCAAUAAUAAAAUACAAGAAACUCUUGAAAGAGACAUGGGAGAAAUUCCAAUUAUGAUUAAGUCUAAUCGUUGUCAUUUAAAUAAAAUGAGUCCAACAGAGUUAGUUGCUCAUGGGGAACAUGAGCAAGAAUGGGGUGGAUAUUUCAUAAUUAAAGGGCUUGAAAGAAUUAUAAGAAUGUUAUUAAUGACAAGAAGAAAUUAUCCUGUUGCUAUUAGAAGAUCAGGAUGGAAAGCCCGUGGUAUACAAUUUAGUGAUCUUGGUUUACUUUUAAGAAGUGUGAGGGAUGAUAACACUGCAGCAAUUAACACUUUACACUAUGUAACUGAUGGUACUGCAAAAUUAAUGUUUUCAUAUAAAAAAAUUUUAUAUUAUGUUCCAUUAAUUUUGAUUUUAAAGUGUUUGAUUGAUGUCUCUGACAUUUUCAUUUAUAAUGCAUUAACAGCUGGAUGUGAAGAUAAUUUAUAUUACAUAGGUUGUAUUUUAAAUAUGUUAAGAACAAUACAUGAACAGGAUUUACACAGCCAUGAUGAAUGCAAAGCAUAUAUAGGAAGAAUGUUUAGAAUAAAGUUUUUUGAAAUACCUCAAGAUAGUACUGACACAGAUGUUUGUGAUUUUAUCAUUAAACACUGCAUAGCAAUUCACCUUAACAAUCCACUAGAUAAAUUUCAUUUACUUGUGUUCAUGACAAAAAAGUUAUUUGCUCUUGCGUUGAAAUUAUUGAAAGAGAAAUUACAUAGUUGGCUAAUUGGUCUUAAAUUGAAUAUCUUGAAACGUGCAAGGAGUGCUGGUAAUAGAUAUACUUUAAACGUGCAGGAAAUGCUGAAUGCACUGAAACAUGGAACUUCACUUGAAUCACAAAUGGAAAACUUUUUAUCUACCGGAAAUAUAAGUUCGCCAUCAGGUUUAGGAUUGAUGCAAAAUUCAGGUCUCACGAUUGUUACUGAAAAUAUUAAUAGGAUGCGUUAUAUGAGCCAUUUUCGUGCAAUACAUAGAGGUUCUUUUUUCCAAGAAAUGCGAACUACAGAGGCUAGACAAUUAUUACCAGAUGCAUGGGGUUUCAUUUGUCCUGUACAUACACCUGAUGGUGUACCUUGUGGCCUUCUUAAUCAUUUAACAAUGAAUUGUAUUAUUACAAAACAUCCGAAUCCAAAGUUGGAAGCUAAUAUUCCUGUCAUAUUAAUGGAUCUCGGAAUGAUUCCGUUAUCGAUUGCUGAUGAUUGGAAAAAUUCAUAUGUUGUAAUGUUAGAUGGAAAAUUGAUUGGAUUAAUCGAUGAUAGUAUAAUUGCAAGAGUAACUGACAAACUACGAUUGCUUAAAAUAGAAGGCGAAGAGAUUCCAUGCACAAUGGAAAUUGUAUGGGUGCCAAAGAAAAAUGUACCAGCACAAUAUCCAGGAUUAUAUUUGUUUACAAGUCCAGCUCGCAUGAUGAGGCCAGUAAUGAAUUUGGCUGCCAAAAAAGUCGAGUAUAUAGGAACAUUCGAACAAAUUUACUUGGACAUCUGUGUUACUCCAGAAGAAGCCUAUGAGGGGUUAACGUCACAUCAAGAAUUAUCAAAAGUGGCUUUCUUAAGUAAUUUGGCAAAUCUCAUCCCAAUGCCAGACUGUAAUCAAAGUCCCCGAAAUAUGUAUCAAUGUCAAAUGGGUAAACAAACAAUGGGUACUCCGUGCCAUACAUGGCAAUUACAAUCUGAAACUAAGUUAUAUAGGUUGCAAACACCUGCAACACCACUCUUUCGGCCAGUACAUUACGAUAAAAUUAAUCUUGAUGAUUUUGCCAUGGGCACUAAUGCAAUAGUUGCUGUUAUUUCUUACACGGGAUAUGAUAUGGAAGAUGCAAUGAUUAUAAAUAAGGCAGCAUAUGAUAGAGGUUUUGCACAUGGAAUGAUUUACAAAUCUGAAUUUGUAGAUUUGAAAGAUCAGAAAAGUUAUUUUGCAAGAAACCCUGACAAACCUGAACUUGCAGAAAAAUUAGAUUCUGAUGGUCUUCCUAUACCAGGUACAAUUAUUAAAGAAGGUGAUACUUACUAUUGUUAUUACGAUGCAGAUAAAUCAAUGUAUGUUACUAGUAAAUAUCAUGGAAAGGAAGAUGCAUAUGUUGAUAAUGUAAAGCUUUGUGGAACAUUACAUAGUCACAUUCCACGUAGAGCUUGUAUUACCUUUCGUAUUCCACGUAAUCCUAGUGUGGGAGAUAAAUUUGCUUCAAGGGCUGGUCAAAAAGGUAUUUGUUCUCAAAAAUGGCCUGCAGAAGAUUUACCAUUUACGGAAACUGGUUUAAUUCCUGAUAUCGUGUUUAACCCCCACGGUUUCCCAAGCCGUAUGACAAUAGCCAUGAUGAUCGAAGUAAUGGCUGGAAAGUCGGCAGCCAUACAUGGAUUAGUACACGAUGCAACAUCGUUUAGGUUUAACGAAAAUGAAACAGCGGUUGAAUAUUUUGGAAAAUUAUUGGAACGCGGCGGUUAUAAUUAUUAUGGAACAGAAAGAAUGUAUUCAGGAAUAGACGGAAGAGAAAUGACUGCGGAUAUUUUCUUUGGAGUAGUACAUUACCAACGAUUACGGCACAUGGUUUCAGAUAAAUGGCAGGUCAGAAGUACCGGUCCAAUCGAUGUCUUAACAAGACAACCUAUAAAGGGUAGAAGAAGAGGUGGUGGCAUUCGAUUUGGAGAAAUGGAACGAGAUUCGUUAAUAUCUCACGGUUGUUCAUUUCUACUUCAAGAUCGUCUUUUUCACUGUUCAGAUAAAACUACAACCCUUGUUUGUCAGAAAUGUGGAACAUUGUUAGGUCCAGUAACGGAAGUGGCUUUAAAUGUAUCAGGAUCAGGUGAUAAAACGAGAUGUCGCCUCUGCGGCGACGACGAAUCUGUUAGAGAAGUCGAUAUACCAUAUAUUUUUCGAUACCUCGUAACACAAUUAACGUCUUGCAAUAUUAACGUAAAAUUGUCAUUUGCAGAAAAAUGA